AUGUGUGUUUCGGUGGCUCCUCUUAGUUCUCAAGCUCAUUCAGGUUGUAAUACAGCUAAGCCUGAUAUUUCAGUUCUCAGUGAAGACUACUUGGAAGCUUUAGCAGGUCGUCAGGAUAAAGAGAUAGAAGAGGGGAUUCACGAACAUAAAGCAUCAGCUUUUGAACAAGGGGGAGAUGGUGGUACCAUGAGAUACCGAGGCAAAUUAUACAUUCCAGAUGUAGAUGGGCUCAGAGAGCGGAUUAUGUCAGAUGAUCACAAUUCCAGAAUGUGGCAGGACAAUCUGAUAGCUGAGAAACUAAACACUAAUAAAUUAGUACUGAGUUCCUCCUCUUUAUCACUUGCAACUACCAAAAAUAUUCUUGAACUUCAAUACAAAGAAACGUACGAAACAACUUUGAGGGAUGAUGGACUAGCAUCUGGAAAGUUAUCCAUCGAUAGACUUAGAGUCACUGUGGAAAAGUGUUGGAUGAUGGUUGAAACUGGUAACCCUCAAUUUGUGAUGGCAUGUUCUGUAACCUUUUCGACUUCAGGGAUAAUCUGCGUGUUGGCGUCUCUAAUUUUGAUGGAAGCUCUUAUAAGAAUAUACGAUACACCUCCAUCUUUCCCAAAUAGUUCAGCAUAUCACUGGACAACUAGUUUAAUUCUUGUUGUUCAGUCUAUUGGGGUGGUAAUGGGUACUGUUGCUCCAGCACUCAGAUGGUUUAUCUUUAUAAGCUUUAAGCGUUCCAACAAUGCUAGCAAUGCCAAUGCAAAUUUCUCCAAAGUCGAAUACUACUGGAUCCACAAGCUGGUUGAGUGGAAGGAGAGACCAUUGUCUUUAAACAUCAGCGGAACAAAAUUUAGAAAAUAUCUCCAGGGUACAAGAAACUUAUUUCUUUCCUUCUGCAUAAGAACUCAGAUUCUGGUUGUGUCGAUGAGCAAAUUUAUGCGGUUUGUCUCGGUUGUUUCCUUCAACUUGAUGUUCUCGUGUCAACUUCAAGGCCCAAACUAUCAUCAAUCAGAACCAGAACUUGGGAAAGACUCCAAAUAUCACUGCUAUGUUCUGUUACUAGAAGGUGAAGAAGAGAUGCCCGAAAUAAUCUUUAAGAACAUAUCUGGUGCUGCAAAUCAACUAGUAGACACAGGAAGGAAACGGCAGCCAAAACAUCUGAUUAACUUACUAAGAAAAUCUAGCCAUUUUUCUGGGGUGGCGGAUAUUUACUGUGACCAAGUUCCAGCACUGCAUUCAGUAGAACCUUCAAACUGCUGGACCAUAAGUGUGGUGACACUCACUAGCAUAGUUGUUGCACUUCCCAAAGUGAGAAAUCAGAUGGCCCAUCAGCUUAUAAGGAGUGUCCAUGGAGGCCUCAAGUAUGCCAGCUUUGUAGAGGAAACUAUGUACCCUGAAGAUAGGUUCACAAACAUUAGAAAUGCAGCAUAUACAGUGUGGGAAGAACUAGAAUUCCAUAGAAAAUGGUUGGAUGAGGACUUGUAG